AUGGGGAAUGACGAACUAGAUGUUUUAUUUGCAAUAACUUGUUCUGAAUGUCGUUUACUUAGCAGUAUUGGAUCUUUUCGUCUUUUAUUUGGACUUAGUUGUAUACAAUUAAGUUUUCUUCUGGCAAAAUCAUUACUUAAUCCAUUAAUUUAUUCUUUACGAAUUCCUGAAGUUAGAGAACAAUUUAACAGACAAAUUAACAGAAUACAGUCUUUAGAACCGAGAAAAUACCUUAUUAGAAGUUGGCACAAAGCAACAUGUUCUAAAAGCAAAACAACAUUAGCAACAACAACAGCAACCUCCCCACCACCUUCCCCUUGGAAGUGGAGAAGAACCCAACGUGCACGUUCACAUCUUUUUGGUUCUUCAAUUUCUUCAGUAACAAAUAUAAAUUUAAUUAACGGAAAUGGAGGGGGACGUGUUUCUUUUUGUUAUAAUGAUGAUAUUAAAGAAGAAGAAGGACAGCAAAAUAAUUUUCGUUUAAGUUCUUUAAGAGAAUUAUUUCAACAAACAUUUAAACAAAAAAAUAAUUUAAAUAAUAAUUGGUCAAGUAGAAGAACACGUUCUGAAAUAAAUAAAAGAAUUUUAGAACAAAAAAGAAGAGCAUCAACAACAAUGACAAUAAAAGGAUUUAAAGAAAAUAAAAGAGGGGCUAGAAUGUCUGAAUGUCCAGAUUGGCUACAAUUUAAUGGAAGGGUAAAUUUAAUACAAAAUAUUUUGACUUUGUUAAGAGUAAGAAUGUCUGACCGUUCAGAAGUUAUGUGUUUGAAUACAAGUUUUUCAAUUUUUUGA